UUCCUGAGAACCCAGCGAGAGCCUUAUCUCCCUCUGCAGAUGCCUGACUGUAGCUUCAUGUCUCACACUAUAGGUGCCAGAUACAGCAGAGCGGGAGGGACUGUUGGAGAUAGAGAGAAACCAAAUGUACAGCAAAGGCCAGAGGCACAAAACCUUCACCAGCACGAAACACAUGUACCAUACAUAAAGACGGGAAGGAAUACCAAGCUGGAAGGGUACACCCUACUACACCAUGGGUGUGUGGAUGCCCAGAAAAUCCCUGACCCUUCAUGGUGGGUCUCUGUUGCUGGUCACUUGGAUAAUACUAUGCAGCGGGACAGAGGAAAGCUUUCAUCCAGCCGCAAUGGUUCCCAGUGUGUACAAAGUCAUUGAAAAUAAGUCUGUACUUCCCUUCUGCUUCACAACUCACCUGUAUGAUCUGACAUGUUUCUGGGAGAGCAACUCAUCGGACGUCUCAAGUUACACCUUCUCCUAUUAUGCACCGGUCUUCAGUUCUCAAAACCAAACAACGCAGAAUAAAAGAAUGGAACCAUGCAACCUGACGGUGGUGCCAGCCUCUAAUGACACAUGGUGGCACAUGUGCCAGUUUCCGGUGGAUCAUGUGGAGUACUUUGCAAUGUCCUCCUAUGCCAUAUCAGUGAUGGAUAACCGGGAACACACCACUAUGUGGAAGAGAGAGUUCUUCCCAACAGACAUCGUAUAUCUGCAGCCAUUGAAAAACGUGACAGUUAGGGAACAGGUGACCCCACUGGGACUGCUGGUCAUCGUGAAAGACCCUUCCAAUACCUUUCCUCUGACUACUGCCUUUGUAUACCAAGUGAAUUAUUCAACCACCAAAAGCGAAUUACAGAAAACAAAGAUGUUUGACUUGGUUGCAGCGGACACAGAUGGUUAUGUGAAGCUUUUCCUCAGUGACCUUAUCAAAAGAACAACAUACACCGUCAGUGUGAGGGUCAAAACUGACAUACCCUAUGAUAGCUACUGGAGCGAAUGGUCUGUUGUCACUUUCCAGACGUCAAAUGGUGAUGUACUCCACAUCGUGUUAUUUGUCAUCGGUGGUCUGAUCCCAGUUGCCGCAAUCAUCCUGGUGUCCUUAUACCAUGGAAGGUUCCUCAAGAGCAAAGCUUGGCCAAAUAUCCCUAGCCCUGAGCAUCACUUUAAGGAACUUUACACAACCCACAAAGGAAAUUUUAAGCUGUGGUUAGACCAGACGGACUCUUACCUCACAUGGAUCUCCAGGAAUAUAUUUGAUGAAGGCACCGUCUCUUCUGUGGAAGUGCUGUCUGAGCUCCCUAACGCAGCACCAUCCCUCCCGCCUUCUGUACAACUGCCUCCCAAGGACAGUUAUGUCAGUUUGGAUGAGAAUAUGAUGCCCCACUUCUCGUCUUGGGUAGUAUCUCAGAGGCAAAUACAGGUACGGAGGGAGCAGCCCAGUACAGCAGCUGUGCCAAGCGAGGAAAAGACCUUGAGGCCAGAGGCAAGACCAAAAGAGUCUAGUCUGCGGGAGGAAGCCAGUGGUGAGGAGAGCGCUGUGGAUGAGGGCAAAAGUGAGCUUCUUAAUGGUGCGCCUGGAUGCAGGAUCAUUGUGAGAGGGGACUCCCUGAAUUCCGAGGAAGGAAAGCAGAGCCCAGGAUCCAGCUUUGAGUACACAGUCUUGGAGACAUGUGAUGGUCUCUUAUCCCCAAGAACACGUUCCAUUCCUCCACGGCAGCCUCUGAAGUAUGCAUACCUAGGUAUGUCAGAGUCAGGGGAUGAAACUCCUCCACCGUCUUCAACUUUUUACCAGAACAGCCCUUGUGGCCAUUUCCUAUCCCCGGUCUACUCCCAGUGCUAGUUACUGUGCGUCAUGAUGAAAAAGAGAAGUCAUGGACAAGGCCUCUCACACUGGGAAAACGGAACUGUCCUUGGCCAAACAAAACCCCGGGUGACACAUUCAGAGAUUGAGGAGAUAACAAAAAAAAAAAGGUUGAUGCCAGAGUUUGUGGACAUUUAGAGAUAAUGUGGAUUGUAAAUAGAAUAACACUAUGAGGUUCAUUCUAUAAUGGUGGAGCAAUGGGAUAUUUACCUUAAAUGGUCUUUCUUUAUUCUUCUUAGUAUAUAAUGUUAUGCUGCCAUUUUUAAGGCACUUCUAGGUCUUGUGUUAAUGAGCACAGAGUGGGCGUGGCUAACUUAAUACCACAGUGAAACGUUCUUUCAUAAUUCAGUUCUACGCUCUUAAAAAAAUAGUAUGAGGGGGAUAGAGAAUGACUACCAAAAAUGUCUUACGGCAAGGCAACAAAAACACUAAGGGGAAAGAAGUGUGUUUUUAUUGUGAUCUAAGAAAAAGUAAAAAAAUUACUUUAUAAUAGAAUUCGGUAUAAAGAUUUAUAAUCGUUCCAUCACAGAUAUUUAAGGAUAUUUUCAGAUCCCAUCCUGUUUAUAGAAUACCUGCUUAUAUCACUACAUAAAAUAGCUGAUUACUGCCGGACAUUUAUGUACAUAAUUAAUGUGGUCAUUCAGUGUAUUCUGAAGCAGUGUUGGACUGGGGCAUGAUGGCCCAGCAGGGAAUGCAGUGGUAGGGGCCCAAGCGUAAGGGGUGUGACCAGCCACCAGAGAGGUUGCGGCCAGCCACCAGGGAGGGACUUGGUCAACAAGAGGACAUGCAAAGAAGCGGGAACAGGUGUGUGUCAGGACCACCCACUUUGAUUGGCAGGAAGGCUAAUCUUGGUGUAGUUUCAAUAGAGAAAAAAAAACAAGCACCCAAGUUCAUCCAUGAUCCUGCUCCACCAAGUUACUGACCACUAGAGGAGGGGUGUUACCCACCGGGGAUUUUCCCUGUACACCUAUGGCCCAGUCCGACCCUGUCCUGAAGAGAUAUUCCUUCCGCUAUAGACAUAGGUCGUGUAAAGAGCCUUUAGCUAUUGUUGUAGACACCUCAUAGGCCUUGAUGAACAGAGCAGAGAGGAGCUGGGGAAAGUGCGGAUUUCCUAUUCUGGCCCCUCAGUCAUAAAUCCCUGCUGUACCCUACUAGACCUCUGUGCAUGUUGUUAUAACCGAAUACUAGUCACAGGAGGCACAGCAUGGGGACACCCUGUUUACCCAUCAUGCUCAGCCAAUCUCUAGCCAAGUAUAGAGUAAUCUUGCACGUGUAAACUGCAUUAAAAAACAUUGUCCUCUAGCAGCAAAUCUGUGGUAAACGCUGUUAUGACAGUAUUGUAUAUAAAAAGUAACUCAUAAUAAAUACCUGAGGCAAAUAUCGCACACAUUUUACCAUAUUUAAAUAAAUAAAUAAAAGCCCUUUAUAAUGCACAGGUCACCUGCACACAGUGUAUGAAGCCUGUGAGGGCUGAAGCAUUUUACAGGAGAUGAAGCAUCUGUAAAAGCACUAUAAUCCGGUCAUAUCAGUAAGCCUUUGCCUUCUACUGCAUUCUGCGUAUUGGCCAAGCUAACAAAAUGGCCGCCUCAGCCAUGUGCAUCUGUAGGUGACAAUGAGAUGCCAGAGAGAAUAAAUGUGACAGUAUAUACAAAUAUCUGUGGCACAUUGUCCUGCUUUACCAAUAGCUAUACUGUAUAUAUAAACAUGGGGUGUAGUAUGGCUGACCGGCGGUCUCCUGACCGCCGGUAAGCUUACCGACGCCGGGAUCCCGGCAGCAUACCGACGCCGGGAUCCCGGCGGGGAGGGGCGAGUGCAGCAAGCCCCUUGCGGGCUUGGUGGCGACCUGCGGUCGCUACGGGUUCUAUUCCCACUCUAUGGGUGUCCUGGACACCCACGAGUGGAAAUAGUCCCUGUUGGUCGGCAUGCCGACCAUCGGGAUACUGAGCCGGCGGGAUGGUGGAGGAGGUCAUGUGACUGUCGGUCAGCAGACCGCAGAUCACAUGAAUACCACCCUAAACAUGGGCUGUUGUAUCUUCUACAGAGUAGAAAGGAAUAAUCCCAAGAACACAAUAUAUAACACAAUACACAAAUCAUGUAUAUAAAUGUAGAAAUUCCUACAAAUAAUGUCUAUAAACAGUCAUCACUUCUAUGUGCAAAAUAUUGUGUAUUAUAAGAAAUAAUGCCGUAAACAUAGAGUAAUGUGGAAUAUUGGGAAUCAUCCCAUAGCCUAGUCCCUAGUGCAUAUAUGGCUGGUAAUCCCUAGUGUGCAUAUAAUUUACAAUAGGUCGUGCAUUAUUUCCUAUGUCACAGCUAUAGGCUCCUGCCUGUACCCACAGCCUUGCCAUGUAAAUAAUCCCCUCCAGUCCUGCUUAUAAGGCUGCAGGUGUUCUAUAGGCUGCAUGGCGUGUCCUACAGCUCAUAUGUAGAGAUUAUGUGUUGUGUUUUGUUUUUUUAUAAAUACAUUUUGUAAUAAACAUUUUUAUUUUUUACCAAA